AUGGUGGAAGUAUCGCUUACUGUUGGUAAAUUGGACGCUUCAUUAGCAUUGUUGUUGACAAAAGAUCAUCAUUUAAUUGAAUUUCCAACAAUCUUAUUACCAGAUGGUGUUAGUGCUGGAUCUGUUGUUACAAUCAAAUGUGAUCAAGAUUUAGAUGAAGAAGCUAAAGAUAAGAAUAUAUUUGAAGAUGUUCAAGAACAAAUUUUGGAAAUGUUUGGUAAAAAUGAACCAAAAGCUCCAAUUUUAAAGAUCAAGAAUGUUACACAAACUAGUGCAGUUUUAGAAUGGGAACAAUUAGAUCUUGGAUCUGCUAAUAUUAAAUCAUUAACUUUAUAUAAAAACAAUUCAAGAUUGGGGCAAAUUCCAAAUCCUUUAGUUAAUACAACGACAAAAUUAUCAGGUUUACCAGUUGAUACACCAUAUGAAUUUCAUUUAAGAUUAGAUACAACUGCUGGUAUUUAUCAAUCAGAACCAGUUAAAUUGAGAACUCAUAAAAUGACUGAUCUAAGUGGUAUAACGGUAUGUCUUGGUGAGAUUGAUCCAAAAGAAGGUAUUACCCGUGAAGAUAUUGAAAGUUCAUUAGCUAAUAUGGGUGCUAAACCAUUACAAGAUGAAGUUAAAGUUGAUACUACACAUUUCAUAUGUACUUUAGGUUUGGGUCCUCAAUAUAAAAAGGCAUUAGAUAAUAACAUUCCAGUUGUUAGACCUGAAUGGUUAAAAGCUUCUGAAACUGAAAGAAGAAUAAUAGGUGUUAGAAAUUUUUAUCUU